CAACCAUCUCUCUCUGCCCAGAGAAAUUGGAGAAAGGGGCCGGAGACACGUUAACAGACCUGAGGGAGUCAGUCUACGUGCAAAGAGCGUCGCGCGCGUUUCGAUUCGCAUCGGAUCUCUCGGAGGGCUCUCUGUUGUCUUUAGAUAAUCGUGUUUUCAUGAGAUUCUCGAUAUUUUAAAUUGUAGGAUAAAAAUAAUGCCGAGUUGGCGAAGUUUCGAGGUUACUGAAAGUCGUGGAAUCGACUCGAGAGUAAUAAUUUGUGUGUGAAAGAAUAAAAAUCCGAAAGAUACAACCUUCGAUCCGCGUACGGGAAAGUGCGUGGCUUAACGCUAAAAGUAUUCAUCUUGUACAUAUAUUCCGCGUAUGAUCUAUUGUUUUGUCUCCUCCUUGUCAAUUUCAUACUGUUUCUCUAAUCUUCUGCAUGUAUUCCUUGUCGCUCCUCUUUAUUGCUUUUUAUUCGUUCAUCAAGUCUCAGCUCUCAUGAUUCGUCGUUUCCAGCCGACACUCAUCUUAGAUCGGAAGGUCUACGGAUAAUGACUGGGUCAGGUAAAUCGAUCCUCAUUCAGAUUACGACGCUCGGUGAGCCCGAGGGACGUUCAAGGGACGAAGAAUCGUUUAUACGAAUUAUGACGAAACACGUGUCCACGUAUUACAACAGCAGCGAAUCAGACCCGGAUGAUGUUAUUGAGGAAGCAGACGGAAGAAUCAGGACGACGACAAAAUAUCCGGAACUUUUAAGCGUGACGUCCAGCAUCACUUCGACGAUAGCUUCCUUCAAUGGCACCGUCACGACAGCAUCCGGUGGAAAUAUUCUGGAAGGUCUCAUCGUACCCCUCUACGCCACGAUAUUUCUUUUGGCGGUCGUCGGCAAUUGUCUCGUCCUCGUCACCCUGGCGAGAAACAAGCGAAUGAGGACUGUGACCAACGUCUACUUGCUGAAUCUGGCAGUGUCAGACCUUCUCCUUGGAGUUUUUUGCAUGCCCUUCACGCUCCUUGGACAGAUGCUCAAAAAUUUUGUCUUUGGGACUACAAUGUGCAAACUCAUACCUUACUUUCAAGCCGUUUCAGUUUCCGUCGGCGUAUGGACCCUCGUGGCAAUUUCCCUCGAGCGAUACUUCGCCAUUUGUCGACCGCUCAAAUCGAGACGCUGGCAGACGCAAUUCCAUGCUUAUAAAAUGAUAGCCGUUGUUUGGGCAGGAAGUCUUACAUGGAACGCACCGAUUUUGGCGGUUUCUCGACUGAAAGCUAUUAGAGGAGGCCGGCACAAGUGCAGAGAAGAAUGGCCGAGUAUUGGAUCAGAAAGGGCAUACAAUCUUUUUCUCGACGGGAUGCUGUUGCUUAUUCCUCUGGUGAUAAUGAGCCUCGCGUACUCGUUGAUCGUGACGAAGCUCUGGCGGGGUUUGCGACGUGAGAUAAAGCACAGUUCGACGUGUCAGCAACAGCAGCUAGAGAGAACAGCAUCUUCUAGCGCUGGCAACGGCAACUUGCUAUGCUCACGUAACGAUCCAGGCAUCGCGGAAGGCAACGUUGAUAUUCCGGCCGUCACCACGCCUCUCAGGCACCACAGGCUGGUCCCAUCAAGGAGAGAUACAGGAGGUUACCUUCAUGGUACAGUCACUCCUCAGGGAAUAGCCAGCAGUCCGAAGAGCCUGAAAAAAAGACGUUCCAUGAAAACAGCAAGACCUGGAGCGGAAGCAGUGAAGCUGUGGCUAAUCAAGGGAAUGGUGAGUCUUCCACGACCCGGAGGUACAUCUUCCAGAGUUCUUUCCCGUAGGAGUAUAACUCCUGGAAUAACUUUACGGACGUCACCUUCCGGCUGCGCGAACGAGGCUCAGGUUCAGACUGAUCAAAGCCCUAGAGAGAGACUUCCGGAAGACCUGACCAGUAAUUCAAUAUGCGAGGAGACCCAGGAUACGACUUAUACCUUCAGCAGACAUGCCAUACGCAGCAAUUACAUGGAUAAGAGUAUUGAGGCAAAGAAAAAGGUCAUCAGGAUGCUCUUCGUUGUUGUCCUGGAGUUCUUUGUCUGCUGGGCUCCUCUUCAUGUCGUCAAUACUUGGUACCUCUUCGCACCGGAUCUUGUCUACUCUCUGGUGGGAAGCACAGGGAUCAGUCUGGUCCAGCUUCUAGCUUACGUUUCAAGUUGCUGCAACCCAAUUACUUAUUGCUUCAUGAACCGGAAGUUCCGACAAGCAUUUCUCAGCUUGUUUGAUUGUUAUCGGUGCUGGAGCGCGUAUUGCGAUUGUGCGGAGGAUGAGGUAUCCGUGGCAGCGAUGCGCAAUGGUGUCCAGGCCGGAAACAGUGACCUCAGCGGAAACGAUUCGACCAUUUAUUUGGGAAGGGCGUCCCUCAUGGCCAGAUCCGAAGUAGUCCUUCUCGAAGCAGAGGAUCGUGUUUAGCAGCGGCUGCGGAACAACCGGGCUACCUGGAGGACCAAACGGGGUCGGCGUCGGCGUAGGUCCAGGGUUAACGAACGGUGUAUUUGGUCUUAUGCCUGGUU